AUGGCGUUAGAUCCAGAGCAUGGGGUCAGCAAGGACCUCUCGACAAUUGAUACUUCUCCGUUGCCUACUCAUGCUAGGGGGCCCUCGCAAAUUGUUGCCCGUGGCGGAUACGGUGGUGUUGGAGAUGAAACCUCCAGCAGCGAAGAUGACAGCACUUCGGCUAUGAGUGUGAGCAAGCAGGUUGAGUUGGAAGCAGGCCAUGCCAUCAAGUAUAGGACUUGUAGUUGGCAGAAGACUGCAGCUCUGUUAUUUUCAGAGUACAUCUGCUUGGCUAUCAUGUCAUUUCCAUACUCUUAUUCGGUCCUCGGCCUAGUCCCGGGGCUGAUACUUACAGUUGUGGUCGCCGGAAUGGUUCUAUAUACUUCCCUGGUCAUCUGGAAAUAUUGCCUACGCCAUCCGGAUGUGCGAGAUAUCUGUGACAUCGGCCAACGCCUUUUCUGGGGUUCUAGGGCAGCAUGGUAUCUCACGGCCAUCAUGUUCCUCCUCAACAAUACCUUUAUCCAGGGCUUACAUUGCUUGGUUGGUGCACAGUACUUGAACACAAUGACAAACCACAGCACUUGUACUGUGGUGUUUGUCGCAUUGACAGCUGUGAUAUCUUUUGUCUGCUCCAUACCAAGGACUUUCAAUACGCUUUCGAAGCUUGCGACUCUAUCGGCCUUUUUCACAUUUAUAUCGGUUCUCCUUUCGAUGAUAUUUGCCGGACUUGAGGCUCACCCAGCGAAGUAUAACCCCGACCCCAAUCAUAAAGGCCCCGACGGCAAGUUAAUGGGGGGUGAGCCUAUUGUCACAGCAUUCCCACUCCCUGGAACGACCUUUGUUGCGGGAAUGUCUGCCUUUUUAAAUAUCAGCUAUACCUUCAUCGGCCAGAUCACCCUUCCAAGUUUUAUUGCUGAGAUGAGAAACCCAAAGGAUUUUAGCAAAGCUCUCUGGGCGGUCACCAUUGCUGAAAUAAUCGUGUUCAGUAUUGUGGGUGCGAUUGUUUAUGUCUUUACAGGCACGCAAUACAUGACUGCACCAGCAUUUGGCUCCCUCAGCAAUGAGGUAUACAAGAAGGUUGCCUUUUCAUUCAUGGUACCUACAUUGAUUUUCCUUGGAGUGCUCUAUGCAUCGGUAUCUGCACGAUUCAUCUUUUUCCGUAUUUUUGACAACACUCGGCACAAGACAGAACACACUCUGGUCGGCUGGUCUUCCUGGGCUGGAAUUUUGGCGGUGCUUUGGAUACUUGCUUUCAUUGUCGCGGAGGUUAUUCCAUUCUUCACCGAUCUUCUCUCUAUAAUGAGUUCACUUUUUGACUCGUUCUUUGGAUUCAUCUUUUGGGGAGUGGCGUAUCUACGAAUGCAGUCCGCAGACGAAGCCGAGAAGCCAGGAAAGCCCCGAAGUAUACGAGGAUGGAUCGGAUGGGGUGUUAAUAUCUUCCUCAUUGGCGUCGGACUGCUAUUCCUUGGCCCAGGAACAUAUGUAAGAUGCAUCAGCUACAGCCCUUCUAAAUGA